AUGAUAUCUCGCGAAAUCUUAUUAAGCGAGGCCAUAUUGGACAUUAUUGUUCCGAAUGGUAUUCUUGAAUGUACUGAAGAACGAGUACCUUCAAUAUUAUCCGCCAAAACCCGUUCUCAAGCCUUUUAUGAUGAACUAUUACGUUUUUAUCUUGUUAUUAGGCUACCUUCUGACUCUGCCAUCUAUGAUCUUGCUACCGUGAAUGCUUUUUUUCAUCAACUGGACAUAAAUGUGGAAGCUUCUCUGAACGAUUCUUAUAAUGUUUCUGUCCCAUCACUUUCUCCUAUUCCUAGAUCGUAUCAUCACUCGAUUAGAUCUCGUUCUAGUUCUACUCCAACUCCUCCUUCGAUUCCUGGAUCUCCUUCUUGCCAUCCCUCUGACAAAGUGAAUAAAAUGUCGGAAGGUUCUGUUAUUUAUUCAUGCCCUUAUGACCCAAAUAAAGAUGAUGAAAAAAUGGUUAUUGUCAAGUUUAAUAAUCAAUGGAUUUGUAUAGUACCAUUAAAAAUGUCUGUGAAUUUCAUGAAAACACGUUCUGCUAAUCCAUCAUUAUCUUUAAAUGUUUCUGUAUCUUUGCAAUCAUCAUCCUCGAUGGUCGAUGAAAAAGAUACUCCUCAACUUUUUGGCCAAAUAAAUUUGCUAGCAGGUCUUGCGGAUGAUCCAGUUUUUGAAGGUUUUUCCACUCCUUUUCAUAUAUCUCCACCUCGUCUACAACCAUUAAAUUCUGUAAACAAAAGAAGCUUAUAUGGUCCAAUUAAACCUAUAAAAAAAAAUUGUUCUAAAUCAUUAUCUUUAAAGAAUGCUUUAACUGUUCGUAUGCGAACAAUAAGCGUUUCACCAUUAGACAACGCUUUGAUGAUUGCAGUUGAGAUUGAAAACAAUAAUGCUGAAACAACUGCUUCAUUUGCUGUGGACAAGAUCAAAAUAGAUGUUCCUUAUAGCUUUGUGACAAGAUAUGAGUGUACACAAGAAAAGACUACAAAUGAUUUUCCGUUAACGUUGAAUCCAUUUGAUCAAGUGUCUUUUCUUUAUAACAUCGUAAUACUUGAGAAACCUUCCUUACCUACCCUCCCUACACAACAAUAUUUCCUUCCAUCAUCUACAAUGAGCUCUCGCGGAUCUUCACGUAGAAGUUCUGUUUCUUCUAUUUUUUCAAAUAAGAUACCUGCAUCAUCUCCAGCUGAAGAUCGACAGCGUCCACUUUCCAUUAAAAUAAGAGGUUCCCCCAUUUUAAAAAAUGAGAAAAUACAUGCUAUUGAAUCUAAAUGGAAUUGUAAGCUAGAUUUAUCUAGUUUACUUAAACGUGAUAAUUCAAUACCUCUUAAUAAAAUAAUUCAACAAAGUCAACAAAACUCAAGAUUCACUGUAUCUCAAACGUCUGUUUCUUCAAGAAAUUCGACUUUUUUAUCAACCGAUGUACCAACUCCAACCUCUAUAAAAACUUUUAAUUCUGAUUUAAAUAUUAAGAAACAUUGGAGCGUUCCAACUGCACUUGAAUCAAUAAAUGGAACUCUUGUUGGUGGUAGAGUUCCGAAACAAAAAAUUGUCAUUGAUAGUGGUGAUUGCGUUGCUGUGUCAUUUUCUGUUAAUUCCGAGGUUGUGGUUGGUCAGAUAUUCACUGUACAAAUUACUAUAUUCAAUAAAUCGAGUGAAAUAAAAAAAUUCGAAGUUAAGGUUCCCAACAAAAAUCAAUUAGAAAAUAAUAAAUCACCGUUAUCGAUAGUAACAAAGCUUCCUAGCGAUAGUUAUGAAGAUAUUUCAAUGCUUUCUAUACGUGGCAAUCUAUCGAAUAAAAUUGAGCCUUUUAUAAAUGAAUCAGACUUUCUCAAUAAAUCUUUAGAGUUCGAGACUUUUGAUGCUGAUCUCGUUUGUUUAGAGAAUAACAUUUGUACAAGACAAAUACAACCACUAACAUGUGAAACUGUUUCAAUAAGUUUCAUCGCCAUGAAAGAAUCUUUACAUGUAAUCGAUCUAGUUCAAAUUGUAAAUACCGACACGGGCUUUGUAACAAACCUUCGAAACGUUUUAGAAAUAUUAAUUCGUAGUAGAACCGAUGUUACAACGUUCCCAGCAUUAAAAUCUGAAACUGACAACAACUCAAUAUUCAAUGAUGUUAUUCCAAUUCGAAAACAACUAAUCGUAUCUUAA